GCAAGAAUCAAUGAUAGACUCCUUAGCAUGGGAGUCCAAUGGCACUACAACCCUCCAAUGUCCAGCCAUAGGGGGGUAUAUGGGAGCGCAUGAUCAGGUCUGUUAGGAGGGUGCUGUUAUCGAUUGCGACACAACAGACGCUUAAUGAGGAAGCGCUCAGUACUCUGUUUGUUGAAGCGGAGCGCAUCAUCAACAGCAGGCCGUUAGUACCUUUGACAUCGGACCCAAACGACCGUAUGGCCCUUACCCCCAACGAUUUACUGAUACUGCGACCUAAUGCAUCGCAUUUCCUUGCGGCUUCUCUAACCGAAGAAUAUAGACGCUGUUGGCGGCAAGUCAAUUACCUGACAGCGUUGUUUUGGAAAAGAUGGGUCGCAGAGUACUUGCCCUUGUUACACUCCAGACAAAAGUGGCUGCGAAGGAUUCGAAACUUCAGACCUGGGGAUGUAGUUUUGGUCUCUUCCGAAACCGGUACACGUGGCACGUGGCCCAUGGGGAUUGUUGACCACUGUAUAGGUUCUGAAGACGGGCUUGUCAGGACUGCAGUUGUUAGGACCAAGAAUGGGCUGAUCACAAGGGAUAUACGAAAGUUGUGUUUGCUAGAAGGGAGCGACACGAGUGGGGAUGUAGUUCCGGCUAUUGGCUCUCCGCAGGCGGGAGACGGGUUUCGGCCUGUCGCACCAGGGAGGACCGCUGUGAGUCCAAUAGCCGAAGUGGGGGGCCUCUGGCGUACCGGUGUAAGUCCUUUGGCCCCCUAGCGUGGAUGGAGCCGGCGUAGGGCGUUCCAGAGCAGAAACAUCCGACAUCUUCAAUGGAAAAUCCGGAUCGGAUUUUGGUGGGCAGUGUAGAAAGAACUUUGACCACCUCAGUCUCUCCCAUGUUGAAUGCCCAGUUCUACAUUGCUCGGCCGUCUGGAUCGAUUAUGUUUGCUAACUCCCUUACUUUCCAUUCCUUUGUUCUCUGCCCCGAUGCUCUUAGCGAGUGACUCCGGUGACUCAUCUUAACUUCACCCCGCCCCCAUGGACCUGUCAUUGUUCUCUUGACAUAAGCGAUUUUGUGUUCCCACAACUCAUGUAUCCAGUGUGGCAGGUCUGUCUGUCCUCAGCCCGUUCCCGUUGGCGGACGCUUACGAUUGGCUCAAUUGCCUUAUCAUAACUUCGGUCUCACCUCUAUGUCCAUUUGUUUCGUGUGCACCUUGGCUUACGGACCUUUUGUGGAACUGAUUGAAAUCUGUUGGUAAACUUUUGUGUUUGGAAAACCGUUAAGGUAAUUUCUACUUUGGUACGAUGAAUUU